CCCACCUCCGAAGGUGAUGCUCUCCUGGACGCUGGAGAGUCCAUGAAGCGCCUGGCUGAGGUGAAGGACUCUCUGGACAUUGAAGUCAAACAGAAUUUCAUUGACCCCCUCCAGAACCUGUGUGACAAGGACCUGAAAGAGAUCCAGCACCACCUGAAGAAACUGGAGGGCAGACGCUUGGACUUUGACUACAAGAAGAAGCGACAAGGCAAGAUCCCUGACGAGGAGCUUCGACAGGCCAUGGAGAAGUUUGAGGAGUCUAAGGAAGUAGCAGAGACCAGUAUGCACAACCUCCUGGAGACUGAUAUCGAGCAGGUGAGCCAGCUCUCAGCCCUGGUGGAUGCCCAGCUGGACUACCACAGACAGGCAGUGCAGAUACUGGACGAGCUCGCGGAGAAACUCAAACGCAGGAUGAGGGAGGCCUCCUCACGUCCCAGGAGGGAAUACAAGCCCAAACCCAGGGAGACAUACGACUUUGGAGACACUGACCAAUCCAACGGGGGCUUCUCCUGCAAUCCCACCCCUAAAGUCUCAGCUUCCUCCUCUUUCCGAUCCGACAAGCCGUCCCGGACCUCCAGCAGGAGUAUCCCCCCCCUGGACCAGCCCUGCUGCAAGGCUCUGUACGACUUUGAACCGGAGAACGACGGCGAGUUAGGCUUCAAGGAGGGAGAUAUCAUCACUCUGACCAACCAGAUCGACGAGAACUGGUACGAGGGCAUGAUCAACGGCCAGUCAGGCUUCUUCCCCCUCAACUACGUGGAAGUGCUGGUCCCACUACCUCAGUGACACGGCACCACCCCCUCCAUUCCACCUCCUUCCCAC